AUGGAGAAAUCAGCGAGCUCUCUGAAUGCAGGGUUUGCGGAAAUCCAAAAGCUACUUUCACUGGUUCAGAAGCAAACUAAUCAGGAAUUGACACAGGUUUACAAGAAGUGUGAAGGCCAAGAGUCGUUGCUUUUGGAUUUGGCGAAUGGCAUCCAAGCUUACUUCUCAAUAAUUGAUACACAGCAACGAAAGUUGGAAGCUGUGUACGAAACGCAACUCCUGAUUCUCGAGGAAAAUAAUCAUGCUAGUAAAAGCUUUGAAUCUUAUAAAAAUGAUGUUCGUUUAUCAAAAAGUAGAAUUGAACAAGUUUUGGACAAAAUAGUGGAUUUUUUGUCUUGGCCUUCUUUUUCGGACAACAGAACGGCGACUAGUGAUUCUGACGAGUUGCUUCAGGAACAAUCUCUGGACUCAUCCUCGGAAACACAAAGAGGGCAAACAAGCGAGACUCAUGAUCUUGGAUAUCGUAGACAACAAGACAAUGAGGAGACUUCUUCUGCUGAAUGCAAUAGUCAAGAAUCAAGCCCUUUUAAACAAAACCUUAGAGUUACCUCUCCUGUGCAAGAAACGAUACCUUUUCAUGAUAACGUUUCUUUGUACAGAAUUCCUCAACGUGGAUUUCAAUCCAUUAAUUUCUUUCACCUAAAUGAUUCGCCGAAACAGAAGUCUGAUGGGCCGACAGGAAAUGUCUGCUUGUUUCCAAGUACAGAUAAUGGAGAUAAUACUCGAGAGUUUUCUUCCUUCUUCAAAUCUGACGAUCCUAAUCCCUUCUCAAGUUCCAAAAAGGUUAUGAAAAAUGACGAGUAUGUACAUAAAAGUACACCAAAGAUUAAGCAGCAUGACAUAACGACACUUUCCUCUGAUAACUCUAUAAACCUGUCAUCGAAUUUCGAUCUUUCUAAAAAUAAGAUUCGUGAGCGAGAAGUGAAUGCAAACGAAGGCUUGACAAAAAAACAGCAAGUGCAAGGAAUUCAAACGAAAAAUCCUGAACCUAAGAAUUUGGUAUACGAAAAAUCACCGAAACUUGAACAAACCGUUAAUUAUGCUCGCCUAGCACGGUCCGUUUCUUUUCUCUCUUUGAAAGACAAAAAGAAUAAAGAGUCGAAAAAGAAAAAGAAACCGUUAGAAAAUAACAACUAUGGAAACUCAAAUCGUAUCUCCGGAUAUAUUGGUACAAACAAUUAUGAUGAAGGAUUCCUGAGCCCUUCCAGGGAUUACAAAAUGCAUUCAUCAACAAUGAAACCAAGCCAGAAGCUAAUUGCCAUUGACAAAGAAAACCAGCGUGUUCGAAAUCCGAAAGUACGAAACAGCGUAUCAAAAACUUCGAAUAAAUUUCUUCACGCUAAUGAUAAUAUUAAGUGUUGCUUCACUAAUGAAAAUCCCCAUGAUCACAAUGAAGACGAUAAAAUAAAAGAAAGCACUAUUAACUUAAGCCGAGGGCAAGUUAAUAGUUCUCCUCAACAAUCAUAUCCUGCAAAUGCGAACAACCGAAAGCAUAUGUUUACACUUGAUUUUAAUGAUUGGCAUACUUAG